AUGGCGCAAUUCCUGAAGUGUCCACAUCAUGUUUUCGACUCCAACAAGGUUUAUCAUCAUGUCUACCUUUACAUUCUUCCUGAGCUUCGCCCAUUUCUACCCGUUUUCGAGUCGAUUGAGCCUAAGAAACUGGUAUACGAUGAUGGUGAAGAGGUAAUUCAGAGAAUGUUGGAUAAAUCGAAUAAUCAAUUGAGAAUGUACGGAUCAGCUAAGGAGAUCGCCGAGAAUCUCAAAAUAUUCAGAAAUUUCUCUGAAAGUUUUCGUCUUUUUCAGAGCAGUACAUAUCCUUUCAAUGCAUCAGCACUCAUCUAUGAAAGUUUGAGUGGCAAUAAAUACAUCUGUAAACCGGAUAUAUAUACGAUUAUUCAUAAUAUCGCACUUCAUACUAUUGAUCAUGCGGAUACCGUAGUGUUUCAUGUGGUGCUUACAAUGGUUCUUAAACCCAAAAUUAUGCUGAUUGAUGGGCACGUGGAAUUUGUGAAAUUCGAUGAGAAAAUGUUCGAUGAAAUCGAGAAAGAGAUGAGAGAAGUAGCGAAGAAGAGUCACCAACAAGCGUCCGCGCAACGUAACAAUCUAGAAAAGUUAUUGUUGAAUAAGAAUUACGCAGCGAUCGUUUCAAAACUCCGGGAAUUGAAUCCGACAACUUGGAAUGAUGUCGUGACGAAUUCAUAUCUCGAACAGCUACAAUCGUUGUCACAAAUCGGCAAACAAAAAGAGUUCAUUUUUGCCAUGGUCAUCAAUAGUUAUAUCAUGAAGUGUAUUGAACAAAUUGUGACAGAACAAGCACCGCUUCUCAUUUCUACACCAGAAUCAUCUCCAAUUACAGUCAGAUUGUUUGAGGAUGGAGAGGAAAGAUAUGUGAUGGAGGAGGAAUUGUAUCAUGCGCUGAAUAGAUUGUCUACGGGAUCUAAGAGAUUUGAAAUUCAAAAUAACGGAUUUGUUCACAAGGGAAUGAGUUUUAAAGAAGUCAAGGCGGAGUUUGGAGAUCAAAUUCAGAAAAUUGAGUUCAUCCGUACUCCGAUUCUUCGCUCUAAACAUCGUGCAGUACCUAUCAGAUCCCACUUUCCGGAACAAUUCGUCAUUCCAGCUGUCGAUUUUUUUCUCGAAUUUUUCAAACAAAUCAUUUUCGGGCUGAAAGUAUUUCAAAAGUACCAAUCCUCAGAUUGGAAGAAUUUUGCUCCGAUAUUUAAGAAGAUGGAGGAAAUUUUCUAUUCUGAUCAAAAACACCAAUACUUCCUAAGAGCCGAUGAUACACUAGAUAUUAGUCAACAAACCAGCCAACUAGAGAAAUACGAAGUUUCACCAGUCAAAAAAGUCCGGAAUGCGAAAUCUGAUGGAUUCACUGCACAGAAUCUGAAGAACGAACUGAAAUAUCUGGGUCUCACUUACACAUUUCCUGAAAUACAAGAAUAUGCAGAAGCAGUCUAUGAAGGAAUCGAUAUGGUGAAGAAGGAGGGAUAUCUGAGAACUUGUGAUUUGUUUGAUGCAGUGGAGAAUUGUCAAUUGAUUUGUAUUCUCAAUAGGGUUCCGAAUCUCAAAAUGUUCCUUCACAAUCAGAAAGGAUGCAAGAGAGUUUUCGGAUACAAAUGUGAACAUUGUGAGAAGGAAAAGAAGACGUCGGAUGCACUUGAAAUCAAUCAACAACCAGCGGAAGUUCUGAAGACGUCAGAUGUUCAGAAGUCAUUGGAAAAUCAAAAAAUCGAGAGCUUAAACAAACCAAUUCCAAACCGAUACUCACAACCUGCUCUCUCGGCUUCACAGAUUUGCGAAAAGUGCUCAGAAUCUUCUGCAAUUCUGGUCGAAACUCAAAAUGAGCUGAAAAUGAGUAAAGAUCAGUUGAAGGAGAUGGAGAAGAAGGUAUUGGAUAAGGAGAAGGAAUUGAGUGAUCUGAAGAAAGAACACGAUAUUCUUGUGGAGUCUGAAGCUAAGAAGACGGAGGAAUUGGCUGAAAUGAAGGAGGAAUUGAAUAAUGAGAAGAAGAAUAAUCAGGAGAAAGAAGAAGAGAUUCUGAAGGCAAAGGGAAAUGAGGAGCUCCAGAAGAUAAUUCUCCAGUUGAAAACUGAAAAUGAGGCAAAUGAGAGAGUGAUUCAGAAUUUACUCGAUAGAAUCUCAAAUUUAUCGUCCAAUAACAAGAAAACUCAUCAAAUUAAUGAGAAAACUAUCGAAGAAUCGACUCCGAUUGCUUCUGUCUCAUCUAAAAAUGCUCCACUCGUUAUCGAUUGUCUCAUUUGUUCCAGUCAAAUCAAAUCGGGACAAGAAGUCAUCAGAUGUCCACUGUGCAAACGAAGAUUCCAUUCGAAUUGUGCAUUCAAAUGGCGCAAAGACCACACUCAAUGCCCGGCGUGCAAUGGAGAUCUCCCAGGAAUUUAA